AUGAAUUUUUUAUUUCCUAAAAUAUAAGCUAGACCCAUUAAUUUAUUGGAGAAACAAUGUCAAAGUGCACUCAAAGAAAUUAGUUCUUCAAAACAACAACUACAAAAAUACGAUUCCAAAAAAAUCUCAAACAAACUUAGCUUUAGUGAUAAAUCAAGUAAUCAUCAUGUAGGAAAAGUUACUCAUACUAUAAAUGAUCAUUCAACAGAUAUCAAAUAGUUCCCAGAUUUGAAUAAAAAGAGUAUGUCUAUUAGUAAUGUUGAUCCAAAAACUGAGAGAUUUAAAAUUCAUCUUGAUGCCAUUGAAAAUCAAACUCCGAUAUAAAUACCCCAUUUAAUCCUAAAAACACCAUAAAAAUAUCCUCCAAUUUUGACAAGCAAGAUUCUACCUUCUGCUAGAAGAUAUAAAACAGAGAUAAGUGAUGGCACUUAACAAUAAAUUUAUAAAAUUUCGAAUCAUUUUACAAUUCAAAAAGUUAAAGAUAAACAACAAAAAUUAGUUAAAAAUAUCUAAUCUCUAAUUGAAUAUGCUAAUUCAUCAAGGGAUCAGAAACUUUGCUUAUUAUUCGAUAAAUUAAAGCAUGAUCUAAAUUUAGAUGAUAUAGAAUAUGAAAAAGAGUGA